GAAAAGGACUCUGGGUGCAACUUUCUCAUUUGCUAGACUGUGGCUUGUGUUCGGCAUAUGCUGUGAAGCCGCGUGCUGGGGCCAGUCCAUCGAUCAAACCACGUUUGUCAGAUCAUCCAUAUUCAUUCUACCAUGUCGGCAGUACCUAAUCAGGCCGGUUCUUGGAGUACGCUCGAGACUCCUCUCAGCGAACCUAUUAUGGAAACCUUGGGUCUCCUCGGAUUCGACGCCAUGACGCCCGUUCAAGCUGGUGCCAUUCCUUUAUUUAUGAAGAAUAAAGAUGUGGUUGUCGAGGCCGUUACUGGAUCGGGCAAAACGUUGGCAUUUGUUAUACCCAUUAUCGAGAAACUGACCCGGCGUGAAGAUCCUCUCAAGAAACAUGAAAUUGGUGCGCUAAUCAUUACGCCCACACGUGAACUUGCUCAACAGAUUCACUCCGUUUUCAGUACAUUUAUUGACGAUCAUCCCAAGAAAGAUCAGCUCACACUCGGACUGUUUAUUGGAGGCACCACCACUCUCGCACAGGAUAUCACUACGUUCAACCAGUCGUGCCCACGCAUUCUCAUUGGCACACCCGGUCGUUUGGAGGAAUUACUGACCCGAUCUCAGAAAAUUGUCAAUACGAAAGAACUGGAAGUCCUCGUCAUGGAUGAAGCGGAUCGUUUGCUUGAUAUGGGCUUCUCGCAACAGUUGAGCCGUAUCAUCGCACAGUUACCGAAACAACGUCGUACGGGUCUGUUCUCAGCUACAAUGACCGACGCCAUCUCGGAACUGGUGCGUGCCGGUUUGCGUAAUCCAGUUCGUAUUGUAGUCAAAGUGGAGGAUCUUACCAGCAAGGGCAGUGUCCAGCGAACACCCGCUUCACUGGAUAUCAACUAUAUCGUCUGUGAUCCUGAACAGAAAUUGAUUCAGCUCGUUCGUUUAUUGCAAGCAGAACUCAACGAUAUGGAAGGGGCAAGGAAAUUCAUUGUCUACUUUGCUACGUGCGCUUGCGUGGAUUACUUUUACAAACUGUUGAAGCAGAUCGGUGACCUGAAACCCUUCUCACUUCAUUCUUUGCACGGACAGAUGGAUACCAAACGUCGAACCGCGACAUACACCAACUUCACCCAACUACCACCGGCGGUACCUGCAGUUUUACUGUGUACGGAUGUCGCCUCCCGUGGUCUCGAUAUUCCUGACGUUGAUUAUGUUAUUCAAAUUGAUCCGCCGCAAGAUCCUAAAGCAUUCACUCAUCGAUGUGGUCGUGCCGCACGAGCCGGCCGUAAAGGAAAAGCAACCGUGUUUCUCAUUCGCGGACGUGAAGAAACCUAUAUCGAAUUCUUGAAGCUUAGAAAGAUUCCUCUGGAGCGCGGUUACUAUCGGCUUGAAGAUGGCUCAGUCUGCGACAAUGUCCUGAAAAACGACGAUGCCGAGGACGAAAAGAUCACCACGUCCGAAGUUGAAGAUGCUUCGGUUGCGCCUUUCAUUGCUACACUCCGUGCGAUUGUUAAAAAGGACCGUGAUAUGCACGAUCGUGGUAUGAAGGCCUUUGUAUCGUGGGCUCGCGCUUAUUCCAAGCACGAAGCUAGCUUCAUUUUCCGUUUAAAGGAUGUCGAUUUGGGAAGAGUUGCCACUGGUUACGGGCUGUUAAAGGUACAAAAAUGCCCGAACUGAAAGAUGCCAAACGAAUCAACUUUGAACCGUCUCUUUUAGUUUUCCACAUACGCAUAUCAGGACAAACAGCGAGAAGCGAAACGACAACGCGAAGCAAAAGAACAUGAAGCAAAUCUCAUCACCAGAUCGGCACAAUCACACAACAAACCCAAAAAG